GCGGUGCCUCACUCCCGCCCCGGCGAGCACCAUGCCUAGCUGCCGCCUCGGUCUGCUCGUCGCCGCCCUCCUCCUUGGCCUGCUGCUGGGCCUCCCCCCGGUCACAGGCACAGGAGCAGAGAAAUCAGGCGUGUGCCCCGCGCUGGAGGUGGACCUGAAUUGCACGCAGGAGUGCCUCUCGGAUGGGGAAUGCGCGGACAAUCUCAAGUGCUGCCGGGCCGGCUGCGCCACCGUCUGCCAGAUGCCCAAUGAAAAGAAGGGUUCCUGCCCUCAGGUGGACAUCGCCUUCCCCCAGCUCGGCCUCUGCCUGGACCAGUGCCAGGUGGACAGCCAGUGUCCUGGUCUGUUGAAAUGCUGCCACAAUGGUUGCGGGAAAGUGUCCUGUGUCACACCUGUCUUCUGAGCCACCAGCCUGAGGAGUGGGGCAGUGGAAGUGUCUGCCUGGCCCUGUCUGGCUCCAGCCCAGCGCCCUCCUCCCUUCCUGGCCUCUGUGCUCCCUCCUGAGCGGCCACAGCUGCUUCUUUUCCAACCAAUAAAGUGACCACUUCCAGCACC